GAACGAGUGCGCGAAAGUGGAGUACUUCAGCUCAUUCGGGGUGCAGCGGAGAAUGUGGAAGAAUGGGCGUUCCGUUUUCGUCGUCGGCACUAAAAUCGAGUCGCGCAAGAACCCGGAACGCGCAUUAUCCCGCUUAUAUCGGGCGAAACGGCGACAACCGCAGAGUGUUGUCAGUGGUCGGCGCUUGAAUCACCCGGGGCGGUCCUCUAAAGUCGCCCCCUUACCAUCACCGCUACCGUUACCGUCGCCACCACCGCCACCGCCGUCGUCGCCGCCGCCGCUGUCGUCGUCGUCGCGCGUGUUUGUCAUCAUUCGCGCGUAACUUCUCGCGACACGCGCGACGUCGAGAAAUUACUAUUCGUAUUACAGUCGCGUCGCGUUGUUGUUAAGCCGAUCGUCGAGUCGCGGCUCUCACUCGCUCGUGUCCGUCGAGGCCGUGCGAGAGCGAGCGAGCCGACAUCUCCCACGUAAUCGUCCGGUCGUCGCAUCAUCCUGCGAGUCCUCGCUGCCUCCUCGCGACAGGACCCACCGCGAAUCGCUACGGAGAUGCCCAUGUUGAUGCAGCCGUCGGACCUUUCGCUGGUAAGCGAGGAGACCGACAAGACGGAACUUGGAUUCGAUCGAGGCGCAUCGAUGAGCCAGCCGGAUCCGAUGCAUCAGCAGGACUCGAUGCAGAAUCGAGAGCGCAGCAAGCUGUUGCUGCGGAAGAUCAACCAGAACCGCGAGCGGGAGCGCGGAAAGGAGCGCGAUCAGGAGCGCGAGAGGUUGCAUCAGUUGCAGUCGCUCAACAAUCUGCUGCUGGACCUACCGCCGCCGCUCACGCAUCUCUCCAGUUACUCCCAAGAGGCUUCCUCGUCGCAAUCCGACAAGAACGUUAACAACACUGACGGCGACAGCGCGAUCUCGGAUAUGUUCGGACUGGGUUUGCCCCGGGGAUCGUUGAUGGGAAGCCAAUCGGCGGCGGUCGGCUCCCCGAGUUACCGUAAUUAUCAGUAUUACAGCCCAGCGCAGGGAUCUUCCUCUCAGCAGCAGCAGCAGCAGCAGCAGCAGCAGCAUGAGUGUCAUCGCAAUCACAGUUUCUGCUCAAACUCCUCGACCCUGGAUACUCCCAGCUCACCGAACUCGGUGACCGCUCCUGGCAGUCCCAGCACCCCCUGCAGCUUCACGUCGGAUCGCUACAGCUAUUCGUCCACUGCCAGCAACAGUACAAACACGCCGUCUUCGCCGACCAGCCGACCGUCGUUCCAGUAUCCCGGUACUUCGUCAUCGUCUACUGAUUCGUCAUACUACGGCCGCCCGAUACGAGGCUGCUCCACACCGUACAGCGACUGCGGCAGCCCGACGCUGGAAUUCUCUCAUCUUCUGGGAUGUAACGGCUCGCGUUCCAACUCGCCGGCUGACUCGGAAGCAAGCGGCAUCGGUAGCGCAGACGGUUCCUUAUCCGACAUAAUAAUGAACUGUUUGUCGCUGAAUUCCUCGUCGAAUUCUUGCUUCCCCCAGUCCUUGGACUCCAUAAUAUCGGGGAAGGCGAACGCGUGCCCGAGCAAUCGGACGGCGUUCGAGCGUAUGGCUGUGAAAAAGUAUUUGUCAUCGUUACAGCAGAAUCCAACAAAUCCGCAUUAUUAUCAACAUCAUCACGGGCUCGGGCAGACUCGCAGCAAUUUUCUCAAUUCUCUCUUGAACUAUGAGAAAAAUUGCUGUUCCGGCGGUCUCAAUAGCGCCGCGCGUAGGUUGGCUCAACCGGUCUCGCUCGAUCGGGUAGCACGCUCCCAUCGAAAUGCCGCUGCACAUUGUUAUCCGACAUGCACAUGGAGCGGUUUUCUUCCGCAAAGCACCGAAGAACCGGUCGCUUAUUCCCCUAAAGUGUUUCUGGGAGGAGUGCCGUGGGAUGUUACAGAAACCAUCCUGAUCUCAACGUUCAAGCAAUUCGGACCGGUCCGUGUUGAAUGGCCAGCGAAAGCACCGUCCGCUCAGCCAAAAGGAUACGCGUAUAUUAUAUUCGAAUCAGAAAAACAGGUCAGAGCGAUGUUAUCCUGUUGCACUCAUGAUAUCACCAACGGCAAGAGAUGGUAUUACAAAAUUAUCUCGAAGCGUUCCAAACCGAAAGAUGUGCAAGUGAUCCCAUGGAUCCUGGAGAAUAGCAAUUACGUCAAAUCUUCAUCGCAGAGACUCGAUGCGCAUAAAACAGUAUUCGUCGGGGCGCUACACGGGAUGCUAACGGCCGCAGGAUUAGCGAAAGUCAUGGAUGAUCUUUUCCAUGGAGUCAUUUAUGCGGGCAUCGACACGGAUAAGUAUAAAUAUCCGAUAGGAUCCGGCCGUGUUACAUUCAGUACGAAGCAGUCGUACUUCAAAGCGAUCACCGCUUCAUUCAUUGAGAUAAAGACUGACAAGUUUACGAAGAAGGUACAAGUAGAUCCGUACAUCGAAGAGUCGAUAUGCUCUGUGUGCGUCGUGCAGCAAGGACAUUAUUUCUGUCGCGACGUGGCGUGCUUCCGAUACUUCUGCCGUAGCUGCUGGCAGUGGCAACAUUCCGUGGACUCGAUGUCGCAUCAUACGCCUCUGACGCGGAACUCGAAGACAAAUCAAGUGAUAGGAUUGAAUCCGAACUUCGGAAUGAACAGCUGUCCCCGUAUGUCGAGCACGACGAUGAUCUAAAGAGCAA